AUGAAUCAGUGUGGUUAUCAGCAGAAGGCCUUGACAACCUGUGAGGAGAUGAGGAUGGAAUCAGUAGUAUGCCCUAAACCUCGAAGAUUGGGCCUCUUGAACCACUCAACUUUUGACAACCACAUCAGACCCUUGAGGCCACCCUUCAUCAACUACCAAUCGGAAUUUGAAGAUUCAGGAGUUGCGACUGAGCUUAUGGACAUCAUCCUCCCCAAGAGAUCUGGUGUGCAAUUGGCUUCAUCACCUCCAUUUUACUGUGGAUCUCCACCUAGCAGGGCCUCAAAUCCUGUGAUCCAAGAUGAGCAAUUUGGUACUGGUGUUGAUAAUUUUGGUCCAUUUUCCUUGGCACCCCCUUCACCAUCUUCCUCAGCUAGAGGUUGUGUUAGGAUGAAGUUUGGUCACUCCCCAGCUGCAGUGAGGAUUGAAGGUUUUGACUGCCUCAUCAGGGAUAGGCGCAACUGCAGUAUUUCUGCUGUUGCUUAG